AUGGCAACCAGCUCGUCGUCUGCAUCGGUCGAGAGCAAGGAGAGGGAGGACAGGAUCCUGGCGGCGAAAAAGAAGCUCAAGACAUACCGAGCGAAGCAAGCAAAGCAAGCAGAGAUGGAGAGGGCCAAGCGCAACUCCAUCUCGCUCACAGCUGCUCAGGCCAAGCGUGCCUCUGCGAACAUUGCCCUCGCCGUCGAGUCCAAGAUCGUGCAGGCAGCCAGAGAUUCGCAAGACAGCAUGCAUGCUUUUUCCUUCGCGACACCGCCACCAUCUGCCACUCAUUCGCAUGCUCGAAAUCAUUCUCGUACUCACUCUCGUGCUGGACACGGGAGAGGUCACUCGAGGACAGGUUCCAUCUCUAUCACCGCAGACAGCAUGGCUUCAACGGCCGUCAACGCCCUUGCCUCGAGCCUUCAGUCACCAUAUCGCAACUCAACUUCAACGCCUUCAUCUGCCACUCCCUUAGCACACUCAGCAAAUACUCGCCCGACAUCCUUUGUCGCCUCGAGCCGGCGACAUUCAAGGAACCUCAGCAUUCACCAGCCUUCACGACCACUGAGCGGCGCAGCACUCGGCGCGGCUUCAUCAUCGUCGGCAGGCAAUGCCAACAUCCUGGCCGUAGAGCGAGGGCCGGACGCCUUUGGUCCCAGUGGCAAGCCGUCUGACUGGCAAGACGUCGACGAAGCAAAGCUGCAGCCUGCUUUUGCGCUUUCGCCCUCCGUCACGCCCAAGGCCCAGCCCAAGCCGCUAGAUGAUCCGCAGGGCAUUGCCGGCAGCCAAAGCGCCGACUCAUUCUUGAGCCACAGUCGCAGGCCCUCGCGUCACUCUCGCAAAGCGUCGCUGGCCACGAAGAGGGAAAGCAUGGAGAUCAUGGGCGGCCUAGGCUUCCCAUCGUCGGUGGACAGCGGACUCAACUCUCGAGCUAGCCGCCGCUUCAGCUCGAAUCGCCAUUCCGGUAUUCAGUCCGCCAGCCUCCUCUUUGGCGGCGGCGACAGCAACCGUCGCAGUGGCGUGCGUGACUUUGACUGGAGGGGAUCGUAUGGUAACCCGUCUGAGCGAGACGUUGACGGCGAUGACGGAGGAGACGACCGUCGAACAGCAUUGGAGAAGCUUGAGGGCAAAAAAGCAGGCGUAUCCUCCCCUCACACGCCUUCCGACCGACGUCACUCGAGGCAAAGUAGCGUCCAGCUUCCCACCUUCGAUGAGAUCCACGGCGAGGAGGGAAUGGACAGACGAUCGACGAUCAAUCUGCUCGAGGCCAAUGAGCGAUCCACUGAGGAGCAGUCAAUUCGCUCCAACGCCACGCUCCUCUCUCCCAACGUCGGCAUGACUUCUUCGCAAUCGCUGCCGGAGCUCAGCGCGCAGAAGAGCCCGAGAACAAGGCCAGCGUCGCUCUUCAUAUCCACCGACAAUGCACAAGCCGAGGGACUUACGACUCUCGUCGAGGAGGAAGAGGAGGACGAGACCAACUCGCCGCUGAAGGAGCGCAAAGCAAUGGACUUCAUCAAGGGCAUCGGCGCCGUCGAGGACGAGGCAGCCCAACAGCGACGUCGCGAGGCCGAGCUGGAAACGGCCCAACGUACAAGGCGACUCGGCCUUCAGCCCAAGCCCCUCAAGCUCAAGAGCCGACCCACCAGCCUCUACGUCGCCUCGAGCGUUCAGCGAGCCGCUGGUUUGCCGCAGCUGAACGAGUCGUCGGGCGAUGCAGAUGACGAAGAGACCGACACAGUGGAAAGCCAGAGCUCCCUGGCUCCAUCAGAAUCCCUUGGCGAGUUGUCACGCGGCUGGUCAAUGCCGCGUUCGCAAUCGUCCGAGGCGACUAAGAAGCUCAACAGGCGCUCAAUGCCACUCGGCUCCCUUCGACCUCUCAACAUGGCAAGCGCCGUUGCCCGCAUCAACGCCAUUCCUGAGGCGCAAGGUGACGACCCCCCUUCGCCACCGAACACCUCCAACCGUCCUGGCAUGCGAGCGCUGAGACUCGGCAGUCAAUCGUCCACCGGGUCAGUGAGCAGCGAUGGGACCGUGGGCAAUGGAUUCCACACGCCGGGCGCUAAGAAGCCAUCAUCGACCUCUCGCUCUGCGGACGCCGUGUCGCCUGUCACGAACCGCCGAUCUAGCAUCAUCUACAAGCCGUCAUCGUCUUCACCGACCACGCCAAAUGAGAUCUCGCUUCCUGCGUCCUCGUCAUCCUCAUCGAUUUCAACUUCAGCCUCAGCCUCAACGAUGGCCAUUAUCGACGAGCUCAAGGCCAAGAACUUGCGUGACACUGGCACUCUCGAGAUGCUCCGUGGCCAAGUGGACGCUGCCAAUGCUCAGCUGAAGCAAGAGACAGAACGAGCGGCCCUCGAGUACUCGCAGCUAGAGCAGCGCAUGGCCGAAGAGAAGCGUGCACUCACCUCGCGCAUCGACGAGCUCGAAUCUGCGCAUCAGGAGCGUCUGGCCCAGUUGGAGCAAGAGAAGGAGGCUGGUGCAGCCGAGAUGCGCCAGCAAAUGGAGGAUCUCGAGGCAGAGCGCGACAUGUUGGCAGACGACGUCGACGGUUGGCGCACGCGCUGCACAGGUCUCGAGAAGUCACUGCGCGACGAGCGGGCUAACACCGAGUCAGAGCGCCAAAGGGUCGCCUCUCUCCACCUGCACAUCAAGUCUCUCCAGGCCAGAAUGCGUCAGGAAGGUCUCGAGGUAGCUUCCACGCCUACAGGGAGCGAUGACUCUCCCUCACGUAGCCUAACCAUUCCUGCGGAUGUUAUCAUGGCGCUCAAGAGUCCCGCGCUCGACCCCAACGCGCCGCCCUCAAGCAGCUACUUCCCUCCAGGUGCCAGCUCGUCGGAGCUGCCCAACCCGCAGACGGUGAAGCUGCUCAAGGAUAUGCGCCAGCAGAUCUUCAACCUUGCGGGCAGCUUGGAGCAUGAGCGCCGCGAGCACCUAAGGGCGCAGAAGGAGGCGGAUGAGCUCAAGGACCAAAAUAGCCAGUUGACUGCCUCGCUGGAGAACGAGAAGACAAAGACCGAGGAGCAUAAGCGCGAGCGCACUGCCUCAAUUUCUGCAACUCAGCGUGAGAUGGCGGCUGCAGUACCAGAGGAUGAGGAAGAGGCAGCCUUCUCUCCAAUGGAUGCCUCGCAAAGCGAGAGUGUCCUCAGUCCCGUUGCUCCAUCGCCUUCGAGCCGGAACAAGCGUCAUGUCUUCGCGUACGACUCGAGCAUGGGGUCGAUGGAUCAGAGCAGUAUGAUGAGCGCCGGCAGUGGAACCACCAUGGCUACGAGUAUGGCAGAAUCGGAGCAGGGCUCCCUCACGCCUGAUGAGAAGCAGGACGGGAGUGUUCUGCCGGGAGGCUUGCAGCCGUUGGCCGAGGCGGAGGAGGUUGAGGAAGAAGUCGCGGAGGUAGAGGAGCAGGAGAGCGAGAUGGAUGGCCAGGAGCAGCAGCAUGCGCGAGGUGGCAGCAUUAUUGACCUUGAAGCCGGCGAGGAUAUUGAAGAAGCCUCAAGCGACGAGCAGGAGCUCGCUCCCGAGAUUUACGAUACUCCCUCAUUGGAGCCCUCGGCCACGUUUGCAUCAGCUGCCUCAUCGCCAGCUCAAGUGCGCAGCCAAGCUGGGGACCGCAAUGCUUCCGUCUCUGGUACAUCUGGCUCUCAGGGCUCUAAAUCCUCUGGCGACGUCGGCGGGCAGCGAUCCAGCACCACGUCCUCCGUCGAAACGUACGGGCCGGCUUCUCCCGUAGACCUCGAGAGCGGUGGCGUUCCGCACGACGAGCAGGACGAUUACGACGACCAGCAAGAGGAGGACUACGACGACGACUCUCUCCAUGAAGACGCGUCCGACCACGUCGACAUGCAUCGGCCCGAAUUCAUCCGCGAAUGGUCCUAUCGCGACGCCCUCGAUGCUGUCCGUAACGCGCAGUCCAAGAACGGCUUACGUCAACGUACAAAGCAAGCGCAGCGCAGCCGCAAGCCUUCGAUCGAUGACUUCUUUGGUCUGCUGGUGUGCGAGCAACUCGAUCCGCUUCCGGCGCUGCCUUCCACCCACUCCUCGCUCGACAUGCCGCCCGUGUACGUCGAGUACUACGAUGAUGAUGACGCGGCGCGUGACUACGCUUCCGUCGGCAGGAGGGGAUCAAAUCCGCCCGUCAGGCAGGCGAUGAUCGCUGGCUCCUCGUCAUUCAAGGGUGGCCGACCACCGGUGGCUCGCAGCGCGUACGUCAGGGAUUCGUCGCAGUCCAGCCUCGACUCGGGCCUCACGCGCUCCAACAGCGGGACGACCAACUCCACGACUGGACGCUCCUACUCAAGCAAUAGCGAUGCAGCGCAGUUUAGCUCCCCGGAUCGUGAUGCUGGGCGAGGCUCAGGCAGCAACCUGGCCAUGGCCGCGGCAGGCGGGCUGGGCUCGCGCGCUUUGGGCAGGGUCAGUCUGCAAGGCCUGACAUCAGCAUUCAGUGGCCUGGGAGGCUAUUUGGCUGGGCAGUCAGGCGCGGCAGUCCAUGCUGCCGCGACCGCUACGACCAUGUGCGCCAAGGGCGAUGGAUAUGACUCUCGCAACCCUAGUGUGAGCUUGGGCUGGCAGGGCCAGCAGUACGCUCAACAGCCGGGGGCGGGAGCUCUCAAGUCUAUCGUCGGCACGGGCGGCGCCAAGAGGUUCAGCUCUGCUCUCCCUGGCAGCCCGACUGCGGCGUAUGGGCGGAGUAGCAUGUCCAGCCAGGGCAGCCAGACAGCGGCGGGGAGGACCCCAACGUUAGGGUCGCAGCAGCAGCUCUACUACGCUCAUCAGCAUCAGCAACCUGAAAAGCACGAAAAGCAGGCUCGAGGCGGAUCUGCCCAGCGUCGUUACUUGACCUCGAGGGACAUUGCCCCUCCGCAACCUAGCCCGAUCUGGAGGCUGGACUUCUUGGGCGCGACAGACGGGUGGGCGGACGCUUUCACGGUGUAG